AUGAUGAAGGCCACCCUUCCACUGUGCUUGCUGCUGGCCAUGCUUCAUCUCAGUGUCCACAGCCUGACCCAAACUGACCACUACAGUGGUCAACCCAAGGCAACUGACUUCCAGGAGCAGCAUCCCCUUGAGGGAGAUCCUCUUGAGUCCUGCCAACGGAUAGUCCCCAGCAACACAGACUUUGCCUUUCGGUUUUACAGACAAGCAACCACCCAAGAACCUGGCAAGAACAUUUUCUUUUCCCCAAUUAGCAUCUCUGCUGCUUUUGCCCUUCUGGCCCUGGGCUCCAGAGCCACCAGCCAGGCUCAGGUGCUGGAAGGGCUGGGCUUCAACCUUACCAGCACUGAGGAGGAGGAGAUACACAAUGGCUUUCAUCAUCUCCUCCUCUUGUUCAUGGACAAACACCUGAAGCCACUGAGAACAUUUCUGAAGGACAUCAAAAAACUCUACAGAGGAAAAGUUGUUUCUAGCAACUUCCAGAAUUGCACUGAAGCUAAAAAAGAGAUCAAUGAUCAUGUAAAGAAUAAAACUCAUGGGAAUAUAAAGCAAAUACUUAAAGAACUUGAUCCAAACACUGUCAUGAUAAUUGUUAACUACAUUUAUUUCAAAGCUUACUGGGAAAACCCUUUCGAUAUCAAGGGAACACACAAGGAUUAUUUCCAUGUGAAUGCGAAGACCUCAGUGGAAGUGAAGAUGAUGACACGAGAUGGAUUUUAUAAAGCAUACACUGACAGGAAGCUGUCUUGCAAGGUGGUGCAGAUUCCUUACAAGGGAGAUGCUGCAGCACUGUUUAUCCUGCCCAAUGAGGGAAAAAUGAAACAGCUGGAACACGCUCUCACAGAAGAGACUGUGUCUAAAUGGGAAAAAUCACUUCAAAGAUGGAGGGUAGAAGUGCAUAUUCCAAAACUAUCAAUUUCGGGCACCUAUGACUUAAAGAAGAUGUUAAUGAAUCUGGGUGUAACUGAUGUGUUUUCUGACCGGGCUGAUCUGUCUGGAAUCACAGGAAAGCCUGAUGUGAAGGUUUCAAAAGCUGCUCACAAGGCUGUGCUGAAGAUUCAUGAGAAUGGCACAGAGGCUGCAGCAGUCACUAGCACAGAUUUUCUUCCUCAUUCUCUUCCUCCUGUUAUAAAAUUCAACCGUCCAUUUCUGCUGUUGAUUGUUGAUCGAUAUACUCAGAGCAUCCUCUUCAUGGGAAAAAUUGUAAACCCAACUGAAAAAUGA